ACUAAAAUUCUACAAUUUAUCUUUAACUUCAGUUGUGUAACUACUUUAUACGAAUUGGGCAGUCACUACCAACCAAGUUGAACUUUGUGUACUUCUCAUUUCACCUUUUUUCAGUCUAAAACGCCAAUAUCCCUCCCUCUUUAAACAGCCUCGUUUAAGCACAGACUUCUUGGAAUUAUUGGAGCACCACAUUUUGAAAUAGUUGUUGGCCUGGUCAACAAAAGAUUGAUUUAUUUGGUGAAAUGUCAGUUGUUACAAUUCAACUUGGACAGUGUGGAAAUCAAAUUGGGUUCGAUUUGUUCAAAUUGAUUGCAUUUGAUGCUUCUUUAACAUCUAGGAAGUCAGGUCUUUUGGUGACUAGUAACGAUGACUACCAAGACGAAGUCGUCGAACGGUUUUUUGAAGAGUCGGAUAAUAAAAACCAGAAGGCAGAUUUGACCGCUAGGGCAGUCCUUGUCGACACUGAACCGAAAGUUAUAAAUCAGUGUAUAUUAGGAUCUGAGAAAUAUGGUGGAUGGAGUUUCUCAAGAAACAAUACAUUCCACAAAAAACAGGGGUCAGGAAACAACUGGGCGCAAGGAUAUGAAAGAUAUGGAAAGGAGGUGGCUCAUGAAAUCAUCGAUUUGACAAGAAAAGAAGUCGAAAAGUGUGAUCUACUUGGUGGUUUUCUAGUGAUCAUGAGCUUGGCAGGAGGAACAGGUUCAGGAUUGGGCACAUAUUUUACACAUUGUUUGAAAGAUGAAUUUGAAGAUUCCUGUGUUGUUAAUAACGUCAUAUGGCCUUACUCUUCAGGGGAAGUUAUUUUGCAAAAUUACAACACUGUUCUCUCACUUGCACAUCUGUAUGAAAGCUCAGAUGCCAUAAUUGUCAUGCAAAAUGACAACUUGAAUAAAAUCUGUACAAAACUUAUGAAUUUGAAGAAUGUUUCUUUUGAUGACAUUAACAAAGUAAUUAGUCACAAAAUUGCAAGUGCUUUACAGCCAGCAUUUUCUGGAACCAGCUUACGUAGAUCAAAUAUUUUACAAGACCUAAUAAGUGGAUUAUGCCCCUUUCCAGGGUGUAAACUUUUAUCAUUAAAGAACAUACCACAAAUUAGUGAAAAGUCAAUUGAAUACACAACAUUUGUUUGGCCAGCCAUGCUGAAACACUUAAGGCAAAUGCUAGUUGCAGAUGCAGCAAUGGAAGAAGGAAUUGAUUGGAAUGUAAGAGUUCCAUCAUUUACAAAGGUAAAACAGAAAAUUGAUAGGCUUCUUUUCAAUCAAUCUUUGGCAAAUGCAUUGAUUCUAAGAGGAAAAGAUUGCAGUGAUGCAAGAGUAGAAGAUUUUCAACACAAGAGUUUAUAUGCUUCCUGGAUACCAAAGGAUGAGGCAUCAUCAGUCUGGUAUCAAGAGAAAGCAUUCAGCAAGUAUGAAAAGUCUGCUACCUUAAUCAGCAACAGCCAGGGGUUUGUAAAGCCAAUUAAUUCAGUAAUACAGAAGGCAUGGGAUAUGUUUGCUUCACACGCAUAUGUACACCAAUAUGAAAAAUAUGGUUUAACUGAUGAUGAUUUUAUUGAUAGUUUUGGUUGCCUUGAGCAAAUUGUAUCAGACUAUCAAAAUCUUUGAUUUUUAUGUCUAUUUUUUUAUUUAUUUUAUUGCUUGUUUAAAAAUAUUUAUUUAAUUAAAUUGUCUGUUGUUCAAGGGGUCCUCAAAUUUGAAGUCCUUAUAUGGGCCAAGCAAGGCUUAAAUGGCUAUUAUUGUUCAACAUUAUUUUUCAAAAAUUACUUGGCAUUAUAUCAUACUUUUAGUUAAUAGGACAUGGCAGUUCUAAAUUGUUUCGAGAUAUAAUACAUUACCCUUUGGUAAGAAAAGGCAAUGCAAAUCACGAAUAUUUCAGAAACUAAAUAAUAUUAUCCCCUCCUCUUUUAUCGCUCAGUUCUAUUUUCUCCACUGUAUCAAUAAUACCAUUAUCUGAUUAGACGCAUUUGAAAAACAUUAAAUUCUGUUUGAUAGUUUGUUGAUAGUUUGUUGCUUGUGGCCUAAACAAACAUUGCAAAUAUUUACUAGGCUAAUGAACCAAAUAUAGAUGCAGUUGCAGAAAGAGACUUGCUUUCGUAUUUUGCUAUUGCAAAAUCGCCAGUAUUUGUAUCCCACAUGCAUCUGCUUGCUGCUG